GGGGCGCUUCCGGCCGCGGCUGUGGGGGUGGGUGUGGAGAAGCCCCUCAGCCUCCGGGUCUUCUCCUGUUGCGGGGUCGACGUGGCGAGGUGUGCGGAGGAGGCGGCGGCCAGACGGCGUGGAGUGGUCUUACUUCAGAAACAUGGCUACGGAUUGGCUGGGCAGUAUUGUGUCCAUCAACUGUGGAGAUAGCUUGGGGGUCUAUCAGGGAAGAGUGUCUGCAGUGGAUCAGAUCAGCCAGACCAUUUCUCUCACCCGGCCUUUCCACAAUGGAGUGAAGUGCCUCGUGCCAGAAGUCACCUUCAGGGCAGGUGACAUUACGGAAUUAAAAAUUCUGGAGAUACCAGGUCCUGGAGAAAACCAACAUUUUGGAGACCUUCAUCAGACAGAAUUAGGCCCAUCUGGUGUUGGGUACCAAAUGGGUAUCAAUCAGAAUGGCAUGGGCAAGCUGGUGAAGAAGCCAGCCUCUUCCAGCAGUGCCCCUCAGAAUAUCCCUAAGAGGAUAGAUGUGAAGAGUCAGGAUGUUGCUGUUUCCCCACAGCAGCAGCAGUGCUCAAAGAGCUAUGUGGACAGGCACACGGAGUCCCUGAGUCAGUCCAAAAGUUUCCGCCGUCGGCACAACUCUUGGUCAUCUAGUAGCAGACACCCAAAUCAGGCAACUCCAAAGAAAAGUGGCUUAAAGAAUGGCCAAAUGAAGAAUAAAGAUGACGAGUGCUUCGGGGAUGAUAUCGAAGAGAUCCCAGACACAGAUUUUGAUUUUGAAGGGAACCUGGCCCUUUUUGACAAGGCAGCUGUGUUUGAGGAGAUUGAUACCUAUGAGAGGAGAAGCGGUACCCGUUCCCGGGGCAUCCCAAAUGAAAGGCCAACUCGGUACCGCCACGAUGAGAACAUCCUGGAGUCAGAGCCCAUUGUCUAUCGGCGGAUCACAGUGCCCCACAAUGUGAGCAAGGAGUUCUGCACGGACUCUGGCCUGGUUGUCCCAAGUGUUUCCUAUGAACUGCAUAAAAAGCUGUUGUCUGUGGCUGAGAAGCACGGGUUGACUCUGGAGCGGAGACUGGAGAUGACAGGAGUGUGCGCCAGCCAGAUGGCCCUGACGCUGCUCGGAGGACCCAACAGAUUGAAUCCCAAAAAUGUUCACCAGAGGCCCACAGUGGCCCUGCUGUGUGGCCCCCAUGUGAAAGGGGCUCAGGGGAUCAGCUGUGGAAGGCACCUGGCCAACCAUGAUGUCCAGGUCAUCCUCUUCCUGCCCAACUUUGUCAAGAUGCUGGAGUCCAUCACCAACGAGCUAUCUCUCUUCAGCAAGACCCAAGGCCAACAAGUAUCUAACCUCAAAGAUCUGCCCUCUAGCCCCGUGGACCUGGUGAUCAACUGCCUGGACUGCCCCGAGAAUGCCUUCCUGCGGGACCAGCCUUGGUACAAGGCAGCGGUGGCCUGGGCCAACCGGAACCGGGCGCCGGUGCUCAGCAUUGACCCACCCGUGCACGAAGGCGAACAGGGCAUCGACGCCAAGUGGUCACUGGCUCUGGGCCUGCCUCUGCCGCUGGGGGAGCGCGCGGGCCGCAUCUACCUGUGUGAUAUCGGCCUCCCCCAGCAGGUGUUCCAGGAGGUGGGCAUCAGCUACCACUCACCCUUUGGCUGCAAGUUUGUCAUUCCAUUGCACUCUGCCUAGAGGGGCUCUGGGCGAGUUGGACCCUGCAGUCCCCUGCUGCUCCGGACACACUGAACUUGACAACGAACGCCUUAAGGAUGUGAAGCUUCAUGGACCUUGUUAAAUUUUUUCGCUUUUGGAUUUGUUACUUCUGUGAGAGAACAGAUCAUAUUUAAAAAUGACCUGUCACCUGCCCGUAGCCGAGGAAGGCUUUCCCACUGGGUGUCCUGGGUGGGCGGCAGGCUGAGUGGCUCUCUGCAUCUCUACACGUGGCCCCCUGCGUGGCUGGGUGGGGUUUUGUUUACAGACUUAGGCAGCUCACGGACCGAGUUUUCAGGUUUACAGUCACUGGGGCCUGGGCAAGCACCUUGCGGGGUGGGGCGGGUCCUGUUUGGGGGGCCUGUUCUUGCUAUGGCUCCGUGUCCUCUGCCCCCUGCACACCCCCCCCCCCCC